GGGCGUGUGCUCAAAAGGUGAGAGAAACCAAACAGGUUGGACCGAACACAUCAAUGGCCCCUCCUGAUACCAAUUCAGCAGUCUUGAAAGCGAAUCCUUCAUGUCUCAUCUUCCUUUCGCUCAUUCCCACACUAUUCACGCCGCGAGUGUAAAGAGGAGCGACAAAAACUUUGACGGCGCGACAAGACGCAACAUGACGCUGACAUUCCUUUGGGGUGAAAUAUUGGUGCGGAGUUAGACAAUUUCAGCGUCAAGAGUUUUCAUAAAAAAAGGGGGAAUCAGUGUUAGGGAGGGAUAGAGGCGAUGCUGUGGAGCACAGGACUACUGCUCAGCUUCUUCUUCACCUGCUGCAACGCUUGGGACGUGGAGUGCGUGCUGGGCAUUGUGGGCCGGCCGCUGCGGCUUUCCUGCUUUUACCGGGAAGCCCUCACCUUGGCCAAUGUCUCUGUUGAGUGGAGGAGGAAUGAGAAUAAAGUGGUUGGAGACGAAGAUGACAACGACGACGCUCUCACGGGGAAUUUCACACUGAGCCUGCCCACCGUGGACCCACAGGAAGACAAUGCAUCCUAUAGUGUCAUUAUUAGCGCUCGGGAAAACCGCAGCCUGGAGGCCUGCUCGCUCUGUGUCAGGGUCGCUGCUCCAUUUAGCGCUCCCGAGCUGCGGUGGGAGGCGGCGGAGGAGAACGUCCCCAGUGUCUUCCAGUGCGAUUCGGGCGGCGGUUUCCCCAAGCCGGUUCUGGACUGGCUGAUUGACGACGGGGCCCAGGAAAUCCCAGAGGGCUCGGUACAGACCCAGGUGGAGCUGCGGGAAGACUCUCGCCUCUACCACAUCACCAGCUACUUGUCCGUCAACGUGACGGACAACAACGUGUCCUGCGUGGUUCACAACACGCUACUCAACCAGACCCUAACCUCCACCACACGUAUGUGGGAUGUCACUGCAGGGGGUAAGGGGAGGUUUGUGAUGUCACUGGAAAGGGGGUCGGCAGGGUCUGAUGGCCAAUACGGUGGCCCUGAUCUAUGCACGUUUAUAUGUGGGUCCCGAUGGCUUCUUCCUUGUCUCUGCUUAGAUGCGGUGUGGCAUGGCCCCGUGGUGACCCGGGCCAGAGACGCCCUGUGGGUAUUCAGCACGGCUCUGUGCGUUGUGGUGGGUAUCAUGGUGGCCGUGGGCUUGGGCUACCAGAUCCACCUGGACCGGGUGAGCAAGAGGAAGAAGAUACAACACCUGAGCAGAAGGGACAGAGCGCCAUCUGCAGGUUACCACAGGAGACGUCAGCAAUCCGAGGAAACGGAAGUGGUCACGUUGCAUUCGUGGGAGUCCAACGUCUAAUCGUCCAACUUUGAAAUGUUCCUUCUGCACGUGAUCAAUAUUGAACCGCAAGUUGGCUAUUUUAAUUUGAAACAGACAUUUCAUACUCGGAAGCACCUUCCUGGAAAGUUAGAAAAAGAAAUUGACAUGUCAAAAACAAUAUGUACAAAAAGCUCUCAAGGACUCGCGGAGAAGAUUGAAAAGGAAACGGAAGAAAGGAAUUUGCCCAAGUGAAUUGCCUAAACCAUAAAUAAGGUGCAAUUUUUUUUUAAUGGAGGAUUCACCAUGAAAAAGGAGAUGUGACGAUUUGUUCAUCACUGCUCGAAUGUUUUAAUGAAUUCUUGGCAGAUUAGAGCUCAUAGUUUUUUCCAAUAAAUUCAUUUUUUUCACAA